CCUUACUAUUGUUUUAACAUAUCAGCAGGACUAUUGUGAAGGGCAUGUUAUGCUUCCAAUAAGGACCGGCUUUCUUCCUGUAUCCCUCCACCCGCAUUGGCGGUGUGCGACGAAGAGGUUUAUUGAAUAGGGCAUGACGGGACCCAUUCACUCGAAAGCUGCCAGCCAGAUUUGGCCAGCUAGUUGUAUAUCAUGAAGCUUCCUGUCUUAUCUCUACGAAGUUCCUCAACACCCAUUUCUUGUCUUCGAGCCAUACUCGAAGCUUCCAGUUUCUGAUCACCUUUGCUACUACUAAAGACUCACAUCCAUCUUCCGAAUCCAUAUCUCUCUCAUCUGUCGUGCGUGUUAUUAUUCAUCAACCAUGGGUCACAAUCAGACAGCUUCAGUCCCCCUCAAGACUCCCCAGCCAGUCGAGAAGAAAGAUUCGACACCCAAGCCUGUCAUCCGCAUGCCAAUCCGAAAAUCAGGAGUGCAGAUCACCUACCCAGGCCAACUCCCCCCGAAUGCACCGAAAGGAGCAAUCGUAGCACCAAGACUGCCACCCCUAUUUGCGAUCAGAGCUUCGCAUAUCCCAACAACUCAAGCAAUAGAACCCCAUACCAAUGCCCAAGAUGCUCUAGAAAUUCUGGAGCGCAUCCAAAACACACCCCUGAAAGACCUUACCAUGCGAGACCGCCACGACCUCGUCCGAGGCCCCAAGGUCUCCAUCUGUCUUCGCACGCAGGGCAAAGUCUACAUCAUGCGCAACAUCCCGCGCGCCAUGCUGAUGUAUUUCUCCGAGCUUGCCCGCGAAAGACUGCGGUGCCCCGCCAUCAUAUCUCUAGACAUCGAGGGUGGCGAGACCGGUGUGCUGGGCAAGUUAAUCGAGUACUUUGAUCGCACAUGCCGGACGAAGAGUGCUUUCAACAUGCCUUUGCCAGAGAAGCUCGCGGAUGGUAUCAAGCUGUGGGUCAUGGCGGGCAGGAUCAAAGCGCAUGAGACCGAUGGUAUGCUCAAGAGAUCGAUAUACGCGCGGCUCGCAGCCUUUGCAUUCGACAUGGAGGAUGUUGCGGCUAUUGACAAGCAGUCAAGGUGUCAGGUAUUGUUCAACCAUGCCAUGCACAAAGUCGCGCAUCUGGUGCACCAGAAUGAAGGAUUUCCCGUACUACAGCAAGCUGCCUUUUUGAAGUUCCUGGAGAUGCAUCCGCGGGUCCGGCUUGCCAUUUUCGAGAUCAACGAGCACAAGAAGCCGGCCAAGCUGGACAGGCUGGUGUGGUGGAAGCGAGACCAUAGUGCAUGUCCGAAAGGAUGUGAGCAUAGCAAAACGCCGGAGUCUGAACUAUUGCAAAGUGGUGGAAAUCAAGUCCGGCUGGCCAACAACAACAACAACAACAACAACAACAACAACAACAACAACAACAACAACAACAACAACAACAACAACAACAACAACAACAACAACAACAACAACAACAGCAAUGCGAAGUCCAAAACGGCGCCUCAAAUCAAGUCCACACUUGCCCCUCCGGCUUCUCCACAGACCAUGACAGCGAAGACAAUCACUUUCGGUAGCUUGGUGACUGUCAGACUCCCACCUGCCACCAAAACUCGAGUUCAACCCCCAGUGACGCCUUUGUCACCGUUCCCUGACUUCGCUGCUGUCGACCAAAACAAGCUCAUAAUACCGGAUCAUGGUAUUGAUAAUAGUGACAAUAGUGACAGUAGUGAAAGCUCGGGCUGGGUGAAAGUAUCGGGGAAGGGAAUGUCCUGGGCAGAUAUCGUCGAGGGCGAUAUAUGAAGACCGUGACGGAAGGAAGGGAGAGAGUGAGAGAGAUAAGAUGACGAUCGUUGAACAAUUGUCGAUGUUAUACCGCAAGGACGCAAUAUAAUUGGACGGCAGGUCCGGCAGUUGAAAUCCUUUGCCAAGACCACCAACCGGCACUUUUCUUGGACGUUUUGUUAGGAUUUCGGGACUUUGAGAUUCUGAAUUGAGGCUUCACGACAGGCGAGGCGUAAACCAUUAGUCAGACUUCC